AUGGCUCCCAACAACAACACCAACCCGAGCAAUACAAACACCACUCAAACACCACCAGUUCCAAUGCCUCCUCCUCCCAAUUUGAUGAGUGGUCAAAUUACAUCUUCCCUCAAAUCUGGUACAGCUUCUAUCAUUCUCAACAAGACCAAUACUCCACAAAGUCAACCACCGACUCAACCAAUUCAACUGGGUCAAGGAAUUGGAUCAAAUACCAUAAACUCAGCCUCAUCAUCGACCUCAUCAGAUCCAGGAGAGUCUUCUUCAUUCGUGAAGAAUAUAAUGCACCGAGUUCCAAUUUUCCAUUCAAGAACAAAAAGUUUUGGAGGCACAACUACGACAUCAUCUUCGCUUGGAACAAUUUCAACACCACAAAGUGCUCGAGGUAGUUUAAAGCUUGAUCAGCCCACUUUGACCAUCUCUUCCGCAUCACCACCCACAAAAGAGACCAAUACAAAAACCAAUAACAACACGAACCUGAGCGUGUCAACAAUAUCAGCAUCACCCACAACCACAUCAUCGAACAACCCUCAGGAGAAAUCAUCGUCGACAUCGUCAAACGGCUCAGAUCUUGGUCCUUCGCUUGUGAAAAGUAUUUCAUCACCUUCACUCAAACCUCUCGCUCCAUCCCUUUCCAACAGCACAUCAACUCCAAAUAUUUCAAGUAUUGAUGCGAACGGAAGUAGUGCCAAUUAUGCCCAACACUCACAUUCCAACAACAAACAUCUUGCGUUCACAUUCACCAAUUUUUCCAACGUGCCAAGUGUUCUCAUGAAUCACAUUGUAGUGCACGAAAAGAGUCAACAAGAAAAAUCAUCAUGCAAUUCUGGCAACAACAAAUCAAAAGAUGAUUUAUCAACUUCAACAAUAGUCAGCGAAAAAUCCUCUACAUCUAUUUCCUCGGGUUUGAGUCGUUCAAGUAGUGAGAGCACCAGUUUGACAUCGGCCUCCUCUUCAUCAUUGUCAUCUUCUGCGGCCAUUUUUACCAACACAACAACCAAUAAUGCCACUGUAACAUCCUCGUCGACGACAACAUCCCAAACAAACGAGAACACAGUUCCUUCAUCGUCAUCCACAACAAGAGAUUAUUCGUCGACUACUGUCAACACAACCCUUCCACCAACGGGAUUUUUGGAAUUCAAAACUAGGUGUGUCUCCUUCCCAUGCUACGAAGGAAGCCCACUUCAACAGAUUGGAUUUUUGCCAUCUGCAAAUCAAAUUCAAAACGGUGCUCAAAUUUCACAUUCUUCCAGUAAUCCAAGUUUGACUCACUCAAAUAGCGGAACCCAGCUUAAUACAUUAGCAACUGGAACUCCUACUGGAAUGACACGAAGUAAGAGCAGAGAUAGUGGAAUAUCAGCUUCACUGGCAGAUGUAAACAAAAACAACAUGUUCUGGAAGAAUGCGCCCUACGAUCCUCACUAUGUCUACAAGUACAACGUUGCAGAGGUAAUGACAUACAUUUCAAAUUGCAAUAAUUCUGGUAUUACCAACGCAGCCAAUGCAAACACCCUUCUCUAUCAUGAUAUUGUCAUUUAUUAUAAGGACAAGUAUAGGAAUGCAAUGACAGUGGACGCAAAAACACAAGGAGAUUCCAAAUCUCAAACUCCUCAAAAAUCAUCAUCAAGUAAGACUUCCUCUUUUCCAAAUUCUGUCUUUAUCAAAGACCUUUCUAUGAAUGGCUUGAUAUUCCAUGGAACAAGAAUUCAUACGCGUCAUCAAAAGUAUGAUCCAGUGAACGUUCUCACACAUUUGAACUAUUACUUGCAGCUCUAUAAUUUGAAAGUUCAGAAAAACUUCUCACUCUUUUACAAUGUCUAUAGAUUGCAUUAUGAUCCAAAAACAGGCUCAGUUUCAAAUGCUUCUUCCUCCACCUCCACCUCCACCCCAAGCAAUAACGAAAUUGAAGAGAUUACGCUUAUUGCCUAUCCAUUUGUUGAAUAUCCAUUUAUUGACUCCAAUGAUGAGAAAUAUACAGACAAGGUCAAUUCUUUACCUCCUAGACAUGCCACCAAUGUAGUUGCAGAGUCUCUAUUCCAUUUUAUAUACUUGGAAUCGAAAGGCACAUUUGUUUUUGAGGCCAACGAAAUCUAUUGCUAUGGAAGCUACUUGUUUGGGAAAUUUGAUUGUAGAAUUUUUGAUAAUGGAGGAAUUCCCAUCCCACAAAAAAACAAAGGUAAAACUUCACCUUCAGAGGAUCCUCUCGCUUCACCUCAAUCUAAGAAAAUUGAACCAAAUAGUAGUGGUAGUAAUAGUAGCAAUAGUAGUACCAACAGUAGUAGUAGCAGCAGCAGCAACACAACAAAUAAUUCAACACCAAGCGGUACCGGUGGCAGCAAUAGUAGCAGCACUGGCAACUUUUCAGAAUAUUUGGAAGUGAAGCGAUUUUUCUCAAGACACCAAUGCAAUGAUGUCUGUAAAGAACUCAACUUACUGAAACAUCCAGCUCAAAUGGAUUAUUACCGCCAAGUGGAACAAUCCAUAUUCAAAUUUUUGAAUCACCAUGUUGUGUCAACACAACAAUCAUUUUCUAACAUUGAAGUUAAUGAUAGCCCAUCUAGUAUCAUACCAUUCGUUUGGAGAGAUCCAUUCAAUAACAAUUUUCACAAGCCCAAACCAAGCUUAGUUUCACAGAAUUCCAUUGGUAGCAACCUUAGCGUCGCCAUCUCAGAUACCAUGAAUACUACAACCACCUCGAAUAAUAAUAAUAUGGGAUUUGACUUUAAUAAGAAACAACUUCCUCUCACCAUUACCUAUUUUCAGGAGCAAGGAAAGAGAAAUUACAUGGAAGAUCGCAUUUUCUUUGUAAAUAAGUCAUUCGACAUUUUCCAUAAUCAACGCGCUGCUGUGUUGUGUGUCUUUGAUGGACAUGGUGGAUAUGAAUGUGCAGAUUUCUUACAUCAAAAUUUCAUUUAUCAUUUGGAAUGCUAUCAGUCCUUAGUAUUCAACAUUCAUGAACCUAUUUUCUCCAGGAGGGACUUGUUAGAGUAUGCCUUUGUAAAAAUUGAUGAGCAGUACAGAGAGAAAGUUGUUGAGCUAAAUAGAAGUUCAGCAUCUAUCAAGAAGAAUGUUCCUUCUCCACGAACAACCAGUGGAAUCACAGCUAGUGCUGGUUCUACAGGAUGUACUGUUUUCAUUACAGCAAGUGAAGAGGAACACAACACUUACUACAUUACAUGUGCCAAUGUAGGUGACAGCCGUGCCUUCAUGAUUCACCAAUCUAAGAUUAUACCUCUCUCAAGCGACCAUAAACCUUUCUAUGAGCAAGAGCGAAAGAGAAUUGAAAUGUUUGGCUCACGAGUGGAAAAUAAUCGUGUAUGUGGACUCGCUGUUUCUAGGACUUUUGGAGAUUAUUAUGCAAAGAACAAUCUCGAUCCAACCAAUCCCAAUGCAGGAAUCAAUGUUGGAUUUACACAACCGAUCAAUCUUAAUGCCAACCUUAGAAAGCAAGCCGUAGUGGCCUUACCAGAAGUUGUCAAACACAAGAUCCACUUGGAGAAGCCAAAGAAGGUGGUUGAAAAGAGAAGAGAUGAAAAAGAUGGAAAAGAAGUAAUGACUUCUACUGUUACUUUGAGUCUUCCAACUCUAAUUGUUGUUGCAAGUGAUGGCUUGUUUGAUGUUAUGAGCAAUAGCGACGUUGCUGACUACAUUUACAAACAGUACUAUCAUCACAGAGUCAAAGACUUUGGAAUUAUUGCCAAGAAUUUGGUUAAUUUUUGCAUUUACAACCGCAACAGCACGGACAACGUUAGCGUCAUCAUUUCCAGUCUGCACUACACACCAGAGCAUUAA